CGGCCAGCCUCCCGCCGGCCUCCCUCCUUCCCGCGCCGCCUUCCUCCGCCGCCUCCCCCCAUGGCCCGAUCCUGCUCGGCGCGGCUGCAGGGCGAGGCGGCCGCCUUCACCGCCGCCCUCUGCACCCUGGUCAACAACCCCCAGUUCAGUGACGUGACCUUCGUGGUGGGCCGGGAGCAGCAGCGGGUGUUCGCACACCGCUGCGUGCUGGCGUGCCGCUGCCAGGCUUUUCGGGGGAUGCUGGGGGGCGGCGAGGACCCCCCCGGCAGCGUCCCCCCCCAGGGCCCCUUCGUCCUGGGCAACGUGCAGCCCGACGUCUUCCUGGCCGUCAUCGAAUUCCUCUACACCAACAGCGUCACCCUCAACAGCCACAUCGCACUGGAGGUGCUGACCUCAUCGGUAGAGUACGGCCUGCAGGACCUGUGCAAGCUCUGCGUGGAUUUCAUCAAGGACACGCUGAGCGUGGAGCAGGUCUGCGAGGCGCUGCAGGCUGCGGUGACCUACGGGCAGGCGGACCUCCAGCAGCACUGCCUGGCCUUCAUCGAGAGCUGCACUGCGGCGGUGGUGAGGACGCGGGGCUUCCACGAGCUCUCCGACGCGGUGCUGGCGCGGGUGCUGCGCAGCGACCGGCUGGCCGUGGACGAGCUGGACCUGGUGCAAGCCGUGCGGGAGUGGGCGCAUGUCAGCUCGGCCGUCCUGGAGCGCCCGGUGCCCGAGGUGGCCGCCCUGCCCGUGCGGGAGCUGCGCCUGCCCUUGCUGGCACCCAGCGAGCUGGCGACGCUGGAGAGCCACAACCAGCGGGACCUGCUCAUCCCGGUGGAGAGCAUCGCGGCAGCCUGGCGGUCCCACGCGCUGCGGCGCGGCAGCGGGGUGCCCUCCCGACUCUGCCGGCCCCGGCGCGGCACGCGGCCCCGCGACCACCACCGGCACCUGGACCCACAAACCAAAUAGGGGCCGUGCCCUCCCCAGCCCCACCGGGGGGGCUUGGGGAGAGGCAGUGCCCCAAGUUGGGUGCUCUGCAAUGGGGCAGGCUGUGGGGCGCGGGGCUGUGCACUGCUGGAGCGUCAAUAAAGCGCUUUUUCCCACUUCACA